UUCAAGAAAAUAUAGCCUCAAUUUUUUUAUAUUUUUGCAUGGCCUAGCCAUUUUUUAACUGAAGAAAAUACGAAAUCUCCACUUAUUUUCUUAUCAAUAUUCACCAAUAUGGGAGUGGAAAUGGAGGUGAGUGGAGAUAAUAAUACUAAUUGGGUACCAAUUAUGAAGAAAAGAAUGAAUAUUCUUGGGAAAAAAAUGAAAAAUUUUCCAAAAAUAACAUGGAAAACAAUUUGGAAAGUUGGCAAAGAUGAUCCAAGAAGAGUUAUUCAUUCACUCAAAGUUGGUUUUUCUUUGACAUUGGUUUCAUUGUUAUAUUUAAUGGAGCCAUUGUUCAAAGGUUUUGGAAGUAGUGCUAUUUGGGCCGUCAUGACUGUGGUUGUUGUUCUUGAAUUCACAGCAGGGGCAACAUUAUGCAAAGGUUUAAAUAGAGGAUUGGGAACACUAUUAGCAGGAUCAUUGGCAUUCUUGAUUGAAUACGUUGCCACAGAAUCUGGCCACAUAUUUCGAGCAAUAUUCAUUGGAGCCUCAGUUUUUUUCAUUGGAGCUGCAGCUACGUACAUGAGGUUUUUCCCCUACAUAAAGAAAAAUUAUGACUAUGGUGUGGUCAUAUUUCUCUUGACGUUCAACUUGAUCACAGUAUCAAGCUAUCGUGUUGAUAACGUGUUAAGAAUUGCGCACGAGCGCUUCUAUACUAUAGCUAUUGGUUGUGGUAUAUGUCUUCUCAUGAGCCUAUUGAUACUUCCAAAUUGGUCAGGAGAAGACCUUCAUAAUUUCACUGCUGCUAAAUUUGAAGGCUUAGCAAAAUCUAUUGAAGCUUGUGUUAGUGAGUAUUUCAGAGAUGAGGAACAACAAAAAGCAAGAGAAAAUUCGUCAGAUUUGGAGGAUCCUAUAUACAAUGGUUAUAAGACUGUUUUGGAUUCUAAAUCAUUCGAUGAGACCCUGGCAUUAUACGCGAGUUGGGAGCCAAGGCAUUCGAGACAUUGUUACAGAUUUCCAUGGCAGCAAUAUGUUAAAUUGGGGAAUGUUCUUCGCCAUUUUGGAUACACAAUUGUAGCUCUACAUGGAUGUCUCCAAACUGAAAUUCAGACGCCUCGAUCGGUUCGAGCAAUGUUCAAAGAUCCAUGUAUCAGACUAGCUGGAGAAGUUACAAAAGCUUUAAAAGAAUUAGGAGAUAGUAUAAGAUAUCGUCGUCAAUGUUCACCAGAAAUACUAUCCGAUCACCUCCACGAAGCUUUACAAGACCUAGAUAAUGCCAUAAAAUCCCAACCAAAACUCUUCAUUGGGUCCAAAAAUAAUUCCAACAAGUUAGCCCUAGCAACAAUCGGCAUACAGUCAGGUGCACUGAACUCCCGGAGGGUCACUUUAUCGAGCGUAAAGACCGAUACGUCCGCGUUGCUCGAGUGGAAAUCCAAAAGGGGUAGCACUAAUGAAAAUAAUGAGAGAAAAUCUUUGAGGCCUACAUUGAGUAAGAUUGCUAUUACUAGUCUUGAAUUUUCGGAUGCUUUGCCAUUUGCUGCAUUUGCUGCUUUAUUAGUUGAAAUUGUUGCAAGGCUUGAUCUUGUUAUUGAAGAAGUUGAAGAAUUGGGAAGAAUUGCUCAUUUCAAAGAGUAUAAUAAUUCUCAAGAUGAUGAUCAUAAUGUUGUUGUGGAUAUUGAAAAACAUGCAAUGCCUUUGAGAAAUGAAUUGCCAACCCAUGCAGGAGAUUAAAACGUUCUUUGGCGUCGAGGGAAUUGCACGAAUAGAAAUUCAAAAAAGAAUCGAUCUGAUUCAGGUUAUAAUCUUUAUGGAAUUCCCGAAAUUAUUACUAGAAAGUCAACCACGCAGAUCGACAAUAUGAUGUGGUUUGAAAAAAAUGAGGAAGAAACUAUAGAGAAAAAAUCUAUGGUUUUAUAGUUGAUAUCUAUUGAUUAGAGAAAUGCACUAAAGGACGUGUUUGUGAUUGAUGACUGUUUUCCCUUAUUUUUGGUUGAAAUGAUGUAACAUCGUAUCUAUUAAUUUGGAGAAUAUCUACUUUCACUCUUAAAUAAAACUAGAUGAAUUUAAUAUUCAA